AUGCCAGCAGCCACGGAGGAGCCUUGGUCGGGACGGUACCGUGAGCUUCGCUUCUCAGACUUCAUGCCACAAGUGUACCUGCCUGACGUACCAGUGUACCUGUCCUUGCUGGUACUGGAGCCCCUGCCCUCCACCCUGCACUUCUUCAACCAGUACAGAAUGAAGCUCAAAGUUCCAGUGGCGUCGCAGAAACUGCGAGACCGCCGCACCAGCUUCCGUGAACAGCUGGUGAACAGCCCGUCACAGCUGGCGGUUAAGAACGGCGGCGGCGAACAAGAGACGCGAGAUCAUGACAAGCGAGCUGUCAAGUAUCCACGCAAGUCUUUAGCGCGUAUGGACGCAGACACGCCAGGUGACCUGCAGCAAUACCUGCGUAACCUGCUGCUGCAUCCCUUCUACCGCAGCCAGCGCGACGUGCUUAACCUGUUUGAGGUGUCUGCGCUGUCGUUCGUGCGAGGUUUGGGCCGUAAGCUGAAGGAGGGACUCGUGAAGAAGAGGGUCGGAGGAUACAACAAAAUGUACAUCGCGUGCGGGCUGUGUGAUGGCUGCUACGGACAGUACAAGGAGCGCUGGCUGGUCCUGAAGGAGACGUGCCUCUUCUUCCUCACGCCCUCCUCCGGCGCCGUCAGGAGCGUCCUGCUCAUGGACCAGGACUUCCAGGUCUCGAGCGGGUUCAGACACACGGGCAUCAAGAACGGCGUGGUCAUCACCUCUCUCUCCAGCUCGGGACUUCUGCUCAGGCGCCAACAAGCACGAGGCCUUCGCUCCUCAGCGCCACGGCGCCCUGGCUAACUGGUACGUAGACGGUAACCGCUACAUGUGGGACGUGGCGGACGCGGUGGACCAGGCGAGGGAGGAGGUCUUCAUCACGGACUGGUGGCUCAGUCCUGACAUAUACUUGAAGCGUCCGGACCUUACUGCCAUACACUGGAAGUACGUAGACGGUAACCGCUACAUGUGGGACGUGGCGGACGCGGUGGACCAGAUGCAUCCCAACAUCAAGGUGUGUAGUGUUGACAAGAUGCAUCCCACCUUGACAAGAUGCAUCCCAACAUCAAGNGCUACGGCCGCUGGGACGACUACCGACACCGUCUGGUACGUGGUACAUGGUAGCUGGUACAUCGACCUUUGCUACGGCCGCUGGGACGACUACCGACACCGUCUGGUACGUGGUACAUGGUACGUGGUACCUGGUACUGGUACAUCGACCUGUGCUACGGCCGCUGGGACGACUACCGACACCGUCUGGUACGUGGUACAUGGUAGCUGGUACAUCGACCUUUGCUACGGCCGCUGGGACGACUACCGACACCGUCUGGUACGUGGUACAUGGUACGUGGUACCUGGUACUGGUACAUCGACCUGUGCUACGGCCGCUGGGACGACUACCGACACCGUCUGGUACGUGGUACAUGGUAGCUGGUACAUCGACCUUUGCUACGGCCGCUGGGACGACUACCGACACCGUCUGGUACGUGGUACAUGGUACGUGGUACCUGGUACUGGUACAUCGACCUGUGCUACGGCCGCUGGGACGACUACCGACACCGUCUGGUACGUGGUACAUGGUAGCUGGUACAUCGACCUGUGCUACGGCCGCUGGGACGACUACCGGCACCGUCUGGUACGUGGUACAUGGUACUGGUACAUUGACCUGUGCUACGGCCGCUGGGACGACUACCGGCACCGUCUGGUGGACUUGGGUCACGCCGGCAUGCAGAAGCAUGAGACGAGCUUGAGUCCUGAGCCACAAGACCACCGCAGCAGCCAUUCCAGCAUAGCGUGCCUCGUCAUGGGCACGCAAGUCAUGGUCAAUACCGUCAAUAGUGUCGACUCGUCAACUCCUAACUCAGACAAAUUACCAAGUGACAAGAGCCCCAACACCGACGCGCUAAAAGACGAUGUCAGUAACGCAGCCAGCGGUACUGGAGCUACAGGUCGUAGCUUGUCAAGGACCUCUGACUCGUCUCGAGGAGGCCCAAUGAAUACUUCUUCGUGUACAACAAAUAGUGUACGUCGUGAAGAGCACGACAGGCAAUUUGGUUCCCGACGCUCCGGAGGUGAAGACCUUGAAGCCGACCACGACAAUAAAGUCUCACGAGUUAAGAGCAGCGUAAAGUCAACUAAGCGCCCUCAGAUCCAUGAAGUCGUACGAGAAGUGAUGAAGAAACGUCUUCACGCCAGCAAAGAUUUCGGAAUGCGAAGCCAUAACGAUGAUACAUCAUCGCGCGGAUCUUCUUGUGGAGAAGCAACCUCAGAAGACGAACUUGACGAAGGUGGAAGUCGUCAAACCUCGUACAGCGACGCCACAGAAAAGAAAACUAAACCAUUACACGGCAAGCCUCGCGCUGUGUCUGACCCUGUGAAGAAACACCGAAGUCUCCUUUAUAGAAUAGCCCACAGCGAGCACAGAAAGAAAGACAUCUCCUUCAGGCGCCAGAAAAGUUUGGAGUCUUUGGACGGCGAAGGACGACGCGGCAAUGCAAAGAGGAAGAGCGGCGUCAAAAGCGAUGGUGAUGACCUAUCGGCUGCGGAUGAUGAAGGCCGCUCGAACGACCAAGAUCGACAUCACGAAGAAGACCGUUCCAAACCAGAAGGCAGCUCAAGCCGGAUGCAAGCCGUGCGCACCAGAGGACGUGAGCUGGUGGGGGAGAUGAAGUACAGAGGCACUGAGAUGAAAAACUGGACACGUCGUAACGUGCGACUACACCGAGCUGACAGCAUCAACUCUGAAGCUGACCUCGAGCUAGACGAAAUAGCGACGCGCAAGACGGCCGGCCGGUGGCGUGCUAGAGUGAAGGCGGCCCGAGCUGGACGUAACAAGGUGUCGGAUUCGGAGACCGGCCCUGCCCUUACUCCAACACACAUUGAUCAUGCGCCCACACUUUACGACUCGCCUUCCAUACAUCUUUGGGUAGGCAAAGACUACGUUAACUGGAUCACAAAGGACCUGAAUAACCCGGACGAGCCUUUUACGGACAGUGUGGAGCGGCACAAGACCCCUCGGAUGCCGUGGCACGACAUCGGUCUUUACGUGGAAGGUCCCGCAGCCCGGGACGUAGCCCGGCAUUUUGUGCAACGCUGGAACGCUGUUAAAACUGAAAAAGUCAAGAACAAUCCAAAAUAUCCAUACCUGCUGCCUCGGACUUACGAUGCCACUUCUUUCCGCCAAACUCUAUCGCUGAACAAGCAACGCGUGCGGUGUCAGGUGGUGAGAAGCGUUGGCGAGUGGAGCGGAGGGCAACACGAGACGGAACGCAGCAUCUACAACGCCUACAUGGACGCCAUCAGAGAGUCUCUGCACUACAUCUACAUCGAGAACCAGUUCUUCAUCAGCAACAGCGGUGGUGGGGGCGGCAGGGGCGACGUUCAGAACCAGAUAGCGGCGGCUCUCGUGAACCGCAUCGAGCGAGCCCACCGCAGUCGCUCCGCCUUCAGAGUCUACGUGAUCAUGCCGCUGCUGCCCGCCUUCGAGGGGCAGAUUGGCACCCCCUCUGGCACUGCCAUGCAGUUCAUCCUCCACUACACAUACUCCUCCAUCUGCAGAGGAGACCAGAGUCUCGUGGGGCAGCUGGAGCGGCGCGGCAUCAAGGACUGGCGUCACUACCUGAGCUUCUGUUCGCUGCGCACGCACGACGUCCUCGACGGACGCCUCGUGUCCGAGCUCAUCUACAUCCACUCGAAGCUUCUCAUCGUCGACGACCGCCUCGUGGUCGCCGGCUCUGCCAACAUCAACGACCGCAGCUUCCUGGGCGACCGCGACUCAGAGGUCGCCCUCGUCAUCGAGGACGAAGAAUUUGACGAGGGUCGCAUGAACGGCGCGUGUUACCAGCGUGGCAAGUUCGCCGGGGGCCUGCGCCGCUAUCUCUUCAGUGAACACUUGGGCCUCCUGAACAACAAUACCACCUCAACAACGUCAUUCUUCUCUGACACUCUUCACCAUUCCGAGGAUAAGGAGAGUUCGUCCAAGAAGCACCGGGCUUUUGAAUCAAGCAACAACCAUCACAACAGCAAUGGUGGUGGCUGCAACAACGUCGAUCGUUGCCCGUCUCCAGAUGAAAGAAAUAAAGAACUAUCGGUUGAUGACAUCGAAGAUCCUGUCAUUGAGAAAUUCUUCUCGGGCGUCUGGCAAGCGACAGCCCGAAAAAACACGGCCGUCUACGACAAGGUGUUCUCCUGCUACCCGUGCGACGGCGCCCGCAGUUUCCAGGACGUCGAGCGUCUCCGGGCGGCGGUGCCUCUGGCGGCCACCAACCAAGCCGCGGCCACGGCAGCUCUCGCUGCGCUACAGGGUCACCUGGUCGAGUUCCCUCUUCGCUUCCUGGAGGCCGAGGCGCUGAAGCCUGGCCUGGGCACCAAAGAGGCCCUCCUGCCCAACGAGACGUGGACCUGAGCCCAUGUGCGUCUAUGCAUCGUCAGUAUUUCGUGCGCCGUCCCUUCACGCGGCGCGUCGUUAAUUCGCGUGUGGCGCCAUCUCUCCACGUGCCACAUGAUUUUUCCACGUCCCUUGUCAUCUCCUAAUCUCAUCCCUUUUAUCCCCAUAAUCCUCUAUCCGUUUAUACGAUGUUCUUUUGUAUAUUAAUCAGCAGUAAAAAUUUGGCAGCAGUAAAAUCGCAAUUGGAAAUGCUAUGUCAGUAAAUCAACGCUCGUCCAACUACCUACUUUUAGUGACGACUCUCAUGUUUGUGGUUGUCCGACGUUCUUAAGGUCUGCCUGGGGCAUGCCAGUUUAUAAUUAUUUUCAGCACAAUGAGAAUAAUUAUGGAGUUUAGGUUACAAACCUUGAUUGCCAUGAAAAGGACCGAGGAGACCGAAGACACUUGUCCCAACUACUUAACCUUGAGUCUCACCUGCAAGGGUGACAUGUCUAUUAAUGUCUUUUUAUGUAUCGUCGAGCAAGUAAGGUGAUCUUAAAUGAGCUGUGACAUAUUUCCAGUAAUUUUGUAGUCCUUACUGUACUGGGUUGAACAUAAGUGGGCGAGUUAAUUUAGUUGCAUCAGCUGUUAGUUAGAAGUCUGGCUAGAAUAUUAGAACAUUAUUGACGUGCGAGUGAGCUGCUCAAAUUUGGCAUGUCUUAACGAGGUGAUAACAACCGUGAUAAGUAGCCUUAUGUACGUAGUUUUUCGUACUGCUGGUGAUACUAAUUGUAGAUAUGAUUUUAUUCCCUGACAUUUCCUGCCUCUUUUUAAGAAUUUCAAGAUUUGUUUUUGGAGAUGAAAUUUAGCGCUUGCAUUUUUUAGCGCAUUCUCUCAUUUAUGGAAAAAAUGCACUAUUGUGCU